UAUUAUACGCGCCAGCAGUAAUUACUAAGUGGGUGUUGUAAAGUUGGAUAAAUGUAUAAUGAGUAGGCAAGUCGUUUGUAAAAUAAUGAUUAUCGCUAAUAAGAAGGUGAAUUUUAGUAUCAUGUUUCCAAAACAACAUAGUCGCUAUGUUAUGCUAGUGUUAUGUAAACAAUUGCAGAACGUUAAUUAAUGCUAAAUGUGCUAGUGAUAAACGUCUUUAAAACAUUGUUUUGCAGGAAACUAGACACAUUACUGUAAACUGUUAAAUGUUGACAAGGAAAAUCGCAGAUAUUUGUAUUGUUGUUUUAUGGAUAUUCCAUCUUCAAACUGAAUACGAAUGUGCACUUGAAGGUACGCGUUGCUAGCAACAAGAGAAACCAACAAGUUCAUAACACAGACUGAAACUGUGCUAUUUUCACAGAGUUAAGGAUCAUAAAGGUAUGCAUUGUUGGCAACAGGAGAAACCAACAAGUUCUUAACACAGACUGAAAUUGUGCUAUUUUCACAGAGUUUAGGAUCAUAAAGGUGACGGACAUGGGUAGCGUGGCUUCAGAAAGGAUUAAUCGUCCAGAAGGCCCAUGAGAAUUGCAAUACUUAGCCUUACCGUGUAAAUAUUGAUCGGGGGGAGUAACUGCAGUACGGUAUUUCACUAUGUCAGUAGUGAGCGUGCUUCCAGCGGAGGAGAGUGUGCGUAUUGAUUCUGUAGAGAAAACAGUGAAUACUCGUAGUAAUAAAGGUGGGAAGAAAUCUGUACAAAAUGAAUCGAAAACAGUGGAUAGAGCGCAGCGGUCAAAGAAUGACGACAUGGACACUGGGAAUAGAUAUAAUUCAAAAAUAGUGACAGGGAAGCAUUCUAAAUCAGGCGCGGGGAAUAGUGCUGUGAUAGACGGACGAAUAAAUCGUGCCUAUACGUCUCCGGAUAUUGAAUUACACAAUUUUAAUGGUACUCACACACCGUUAGAUGCUCGGAAAUUGGAAGAGAAUAUCAAAAGCUUUUCAAAAAUGAAUGAUGGAAGCUCGAUGCAGGCUUUGAGUUAUCCACGCUUGCAAAUGGAUUCCCGGUCUCCUGGGGUCAUUUCAGCAACGGUUAUACAUACACAGAUCAGUUCUGACGAUGAGAACGACUUUAAGAUUCAUAGUGUUGAUGACGACGAUGAUAAAAGGGAUAAAAGAAAAGAUAAGGAUAAAAACCCAAUGUCAGACAUUGGGGCAGAAUACAUGAGAGUAAAUGGUGCAAUUGGAUCUUUUAAACAGUUACAGAAACCGACGUCAAUGCAGUCACUGCCGACGUCGUCGAAAAUGAGUUAUACGUCAGAAGACGCUGGGGUGGCGCUUGUUUCCGGCGCGGACUUCCCGCCGGACAGACAUAAUAAACAUCUGAGACAGAAGCCAAACGUUGGUUACCGACUUGGAAAGCGGAAACAGUUAUACGAGAAGCGUAAAAAAGUCUCAGACUACUGCCUUGUGUUCGGAAUGUUUGGAAUAAUUGCUAUGAUUCUCGAAACGGAAUUUACCAUGGCGGAUAUUUAUACUAAGACGUCUUUCCCUUCUAUAUUUUUGAAGACUUUAAUCAGCAUCUCAUCUGUGAUAUUACUGGGACUUAUACUAGCAUAUCAUGCAUUAGAAGUUCAGUUGUUCGCUGUAGAUAAUUGCGUAGAGGAUUGGCGUGUCGCCAUAUCGCCUAGAAGAACUGCUCAAUUGUGUGUGGAGCUAGUUGUGUGCGCAAUCCAUCCGAUUCCGGGGGACUUCCGGUUCACCUGGAACACAAUGCACCAUGAAGGACUCAUCAUGUUAUCCAGCGAAGUCAGCAUUGACAUCCUUCUUUCCUUACCAAUGUUUCUCAGGCUGUACCUCAUUGCGAGAGUCAUGCUCUUGCACAGUAAACUCUUCACCGAUGCCAGUAGCAGAAGCAUCGGUGCGUUAAAUAGGAUAAAUUUUGACACUAGGUUUGUGAUGAAGACAUUGAUGACAAUAUGUCCUGGCACGGUGCUUCUAGUUAACAUUCUGUCUUUAUGGAUUAUAGCGAGCUGGUUUUUGCGGGCUUGUGAGAGUCCUCUCGAUCCAAACCAACAUGCUAACAUCUUAAAUUCAAUGUGGAUGAUUGCCAUAACUUUCCUUUCUAUCGGGUAUGGUGAUGUCGUUCCAAACACAUACUGCGGCAGGAUGGUGGCCAUUUCCACGGGUGUUAUGGGUGCUGGAUGUACUGCGUUAGUGGUCGCUGUGAUAGCCCGCAAACUAGAACUUAGUAAAGCAGAGAAACAUGUACAUAAUUUUAUGCAGGAUACACAAUUGUCAAAAAAGUUGAAGAAUGCCGCAGCGAAUGUUCUACGGGAAACAUGGCUGAUAUAUAAAUACACAAAACUGGUAAAGAAAGUUAAUGCGGGAAAAGUACGAUCACAUCAAAGAAAAUUUUUACAGUCAAUACACUGUUUACGGCGGAUAAAGAUGGAUCAACGUAAACUAACAGAAAAUCAAAGCACACUGGUUGAUAUGGCAAAGAGUGUAGGCGUUACCGGGCUGAACAGCGCCAAUAGCGUGUAUAUUUCAAAACCUUUGCCCGAGUACAAGCAGACGCAGACACACAUUGAAACCCUGGUUACAGAGAUGUCAGGUAACACGAGUAGUUUGGAGAAACGUGUCAAUAAAAUUGAAGACAAGCUGCAUUCGUUACAGGCACAGAUGGAUAUGCUUCCGAACAUGAUUGUUGAACGGUUGAUGGCACGACGAGCUGAUCCUCUUGCAGAACGAGUUUCUGAAGCAAGACCGAUUCCAGAGUUUCGCCAAUACAGCCGUUUAUCACCUCCAAGACGUCGGCGUAAUCUUGUAACGCAAAAUUCCGUUCCAACUCCUUCAACAUUGUCGCCGUUUACAUCUGUUGCUGGGGCAAAUAUGCCUGAAUCAAGUGUGUCCCUGCCGGCAUCACCCUCCGAUACACAAGCUGUCAACGGAAAUCAUUCGUCACAUUAAGUGCAUUAACGAAGACUGUAUAUAAAUGACAAUUUAAGUACAUGCUCAGCAAAGAAAAGGCGUGCACAGACCUCAAUUUGUUGUGAGAACAGGCUGGCGUUCUUGCAUCCGCAAGGAUUAAGCGACAGUUUAAGUAUAAACUUUGAAACAUUAACUGUUAAGUUAAUAUUCACUGGCAUCCAUUCCACAUAUGUGCAUGAAUUGUUGAUUAAAUAGAUAAAAUGAUGUAUCAUUGUUAUAAAGAACACAUGAGGCGAUUAUGUGAUCUUUUGAGUGUUAUGUUAGAAUUGAAUCGCCAGAUAUGUAUUCGUUUUAAGUGGGAAUCUGUGCAAUGAUAUUAUUGUUGAUUCCCAUCCAUUUAAGUACAUGCUUACAGAACAAACGGUUCUACGUGGAUUUAAUAUCUAUCCAAUUUGGAUAAAAUUCUUGUCAAAAUGAAAUACAGCUUGUCAUUGGCCUCAACGUUUUCUGUACUGAAUUAGACGAUCUGUUAUAUAUAAUAGAUAUUCGCUCAGAUUUAUCGUUUGUGGUACUGUAUAAUUGAAAGUUUUAAAAAACCAUUCCAAAUAACACUUAAAUUAAUGAGUGUAAUGACUUUUUAUCAAAGGUAUCGAAAAUCUGCAUCUCCAUCUAUGCCGAAAUUUUACUUUUAUAAAUACAUGACUUUCUUCUACAUAUGGACGGAUGUUUUCAAAUUAUUUGAUCAUAGUUAAAUUCACUAAUACUGUCUUUGUUGACUGAAGAAUCGAUGCUGAAGCUAUUGCAUAAUUUUAUUGAGAAAAUAAACGACUUUGGUGCUAUUACUUUUCCUAGAAGUUCUGACACUUCGGUUUUAAUGUACCAGGAUCCAAUGUGCUCAUGCCACUUCCUGAUUGCAAAAGGUAAAAAGACAGGCUAGAGUUAUUUGUUUAUUUUGGCUGAUAAUCCCUGUCGUUUUGGAAAAAAAUUAUAAUGCAUGUAAUAGUAAAUCUUGUGUACUAUAUAAAAUAGUUUGUACAAAACGAGUUCGGCAUUUUUUGCCGACUGAAAUAUUUUCUAAUCUGUAAUUAAGUUCAUUAUAUAGAUGUAAUAGGGAAGGGAGAAGUUUCUGUAAAGGUAACGAUAAACUUUCUAAACAACUUUCUUAUUGUGGCUUUUUUGGAUGUAACAUUUACCAGAUCAUAACAAUUUUUAAAAUGUGUUGAUAUAUUAUCGUAUGGCAUUCCAACAAUUGUCUUGACUAAAUAAAAUAAAAAUAAUGCAUUUUGCUUUAUCACUUCUCCGUAUGUACAAGUUAAGUUAAAUUUGUAACUUCAUCCAUCAAAUCUUACAAGCUUAUGUAACAUAACAAGUGUCUCUAGGCAUUUUUGUCUGAUAUUUCAGUCAAUCGGUUUUAUAAAAACAAUUCUUCAUAUAAUCAAAUAAUAAUGUAUAAAUAGGUAAUUGAGUAAUUAUGUCUCCCACCACACAGUGGUGUGCGAGACAUAUUGAUUUACUCCAGUCUGUCGGGGUGUGUGUGUGUGUGUCUCAAAGCUUGUCCGCACUCUAAGUCGAACAUUUCUCAUCCGAUCUUCACCAAACUUCAACAAAAUAUGUCUGCCAAUAAGUGCUCGGCCAGGUUCGAUAACUAGCCAAAUCGGCCUCUGCACUUCGGAAUUAUGGCCCUUGACACUCAGAUUUCUUGCACAGUUACCCCCAAACCGGCGCCUAUACUACUAGUAGUAUAGGCGUCCUUUUGGUGUCAAGAAAGCGCAUGCACAUGUGGAUCGUAUAUAAAGACUGACAUACUAUUUAGAUGAUUAGGCAGUUGUGGGAGACAUGCGCUUUUCUCAAAAGCAUCUCUAGGUUUUCACUCUGUUUUGUUUUUAUUAUUGUGGAGAGUUUAUAUCUUGAACAUGUGAUAUUUUCCAAAAACAAAUCCCAAAUGAUUGUAUAUAUGUAUAUACUUGCACUUGUUAAUGUAAAUAGUGAUGUUAUCCUAUCUCAUGGCAUUAUUGUACAAAUAUUUAUCUUCUGUUAUGGAAGUGAAAGGUUGUUUAUUAUGACGUUUAAUUAUUCAUCUGUUUGUUCAACGUUGUUAUUUCUUAUAUGCUGUUAAAACAUUACCAAUUAUCUUUGUCGAGCUCAUGCUAUCUAUUUGUACUAUGCUAAACCAGAAUAAUCUGUCUAAAGCGAUUGUAUGUUAAUGUUUCUUAUGGUAAGCUUAUAAAUGUUCAGAAAAGAACCAAUUGCUUUCCUUUUUUGCUUUUUUUUCAGAGUUUUAAGACUUCUUUGAGCCUUAAGUUUCGAAUUACUGUGUAUUAAUUUAAAAUAAAAUCAUAAAGUUUAUGUAUGAAGCGUGAUAUCAAAUAAGCAGAUUUAUGCGGUUUAGUAAAUUUGUUGUCUUUAACAUUAUGUAUAAUUUUGUGUUUAUAUAUAAAUGAUUCAAGCUCACAGUCUCGUUACGCCUUUAAAAAAUAUACUGUAUGUUUUGUUUGUUUUAAAUCGAGUACGUGCACAAUAACGAGUCAUAUAAAUAACGAAUAUGAUAAUAUUAUUAUAGUCACAGCUUGCACCUUCAUUUGGCAAUAUGGUGAUGGUAUGUGCAUGUGUAUAUAGGGACUACUUAAGAAAAAUGUUUAUAUUGAAGUAGUAAGUCAAAACAAAGAGAUGCAGUAGAACAACACAUCUUUUUAAUAAAACCGAUUCUAUUUUUCCUAAGUAUUUGAUACAAUAAAUGAAGAUAUUUCGAGGUUUUCUGCUCAAACGUGAGAACAUUGACUGUCAUUGAGAACAGCAAGUAUGCUUUGCUUCAGUGUAAAAUCAACCACAAGCAUGGAUAUUGUUUCAUCUGUUGACUGUAAGUAUAAUUAAACAAUGUAAACACAAUUCAUAUUACAUGUUAGUCUUAGUAUAUAAGAGAAUAAUACCAAUUGUAAUAAGAUUUUUUUAUAUAUACUGACACUAAGCUUAAAUACAGAGUCCACAGGAUAUUGACGCAUGUCAGUAUAUUUUCCAAAUUGAUUAUAAAGAAGACUACAGUGCUAUUAUUCUUCAAGAUCUGUGUUUCAGUUACGACUAUUUUAUACUUAUUUUUGUUUCAAAUUAAAGAUAAACAGCUCAAUCUGACAUUGUUUUCUGCUUUGCUCAGACACCAGAUAAAUAUUUUGUAAUAUUUUCGUUCAGUUGAUUGCUUCAACUCUUAAAGACCGUUGUUAAUCAAUCGUUCAAACGCAUAAUAUUAUGUUCUGUCAGAUGUUCAACGUCUUGGUUAAUGAAAAUUAUUGUAUGUUAUUGUUUUUAUGACGGAAAAAAAUAAAUCUUAGUCUCUA